GAGGGCAGGCGGGAGCUGGCCGGACACGGCUCUCUCCUCCAGCAGCGUCUUGUCAUUCCAGGGCAGCGGGCGGCGGAGUCCGGCUUCCAUGAGGGCUACUUGGGAUCCUUGCAACAGUCACAUUUUUAUUUUUUUUUUACUUUUUGUCUUUUACUUUCUUGUGUGUGGUUAAAGAUGAAGAACGAAAUUUCUGCUGCCGUAUUUUUUCUGUCAAAGCUAUUAAAAAAUAACAGAAAUUUAAGUAAGGAGGAUAUUGAGACAUUUUGUGACGAACUGAGCAGAAUUCUGUAUGACAAGUAUGUCAAUCACUGGUAUCAAGAAACGCCAACAAAAGGACAAGCAUAUAGAUGUAUCCGUGUGAACCGAUAUCAGGGUGUUGAUCCAGACCUCCAGAAGGCUUGUUUCAACAGUGGUUUAAUUUAUGAAGACUUGGGCUUACCCAAAGAAAUGACAUUAUGGGUGGAUCCAUAUGAAGUCUGUUGCAGGUAUGGAGAGAAGAACCCUUCUUUUGUGGUGGCCAGCUUUGACAGCAAAGAUGAUGAAAAGAUGGAGAUUUCUCAGAAAGUGAACUAUGCCAUGGAGAAAGUUACAUCAGAUUAUCAUUCAGGAUCUUCAUCAGAAGAUGAAGUGUAUAUAAGUCAUAAGACCCCGCCCACUCCAGUAAUACCCAGAACAUGUGACAUUUACCAGGUAUUUAACUGGAUCGGUGUGUGUGUGUUUUUUUUUGUUUUUUUUUUUUUUUUUUAUUGCUUGGUGGAGGGGGGUUGGUAG